UGUGAGUAAUUAUUAUUAAUUAAGGUUACAAGAUCCGCCCCCAGAAACUGACCACAAGUAGAUCUACAAGUAUUUUACAAGUCCAUUGUACCAUCUCUCUCUAGACUCUAGCUAUUAAGGUAGAAGCUACCAUGGACGACUGUCCUCUGAUUGGAAUUUUGCUUGUGAGUGAGACGAACAGCAAUGGCAGCCAUCUUGGGCUAGUCAAUAUUCCACUCUCCUCUCGUUGUCAAACUAUCACUGAUUUCCGAAACAUUUUGACCUCCACUCUCGAUAAUUUGACAACCUUAAAUUUUGUCUUUCUCACUCCCAACGGCUGGGAAAUAAAUGCAAUGAUGGAGAGCACGAUUUCACUCAGCAAUGUAAUCUCCAGUGACGGGAUAAUCAAAGUUCGAUUCUCUUAUGCAAAACCGAAAUACGGCAUUUCUAUUGAAGGUCCUAGUGACAUUUCGACACCAGCAGGAUUUCUGUAUUGCGAGCCAGAGCUAAGUAUUUCUAAGCUGAGAAAUGAGAUAAAGGAGCAACUACCGUCUCUCUACCAGUUUCUUCUCACCGUGCAAUUUGCAUUCUUGGAUCUGAACGGUUGGCCAAUAGGCAAUCAACAGGAAAGAGUUAUCACUGUUUUGGAGGUAGCUUCGUUGAAUAUAAUUCGCAUACGAUGUGCUAGAACAGAGGCACAGACCAAAGGAUCUCAGCAGUCCAUUGAGUACAGCACGCCCACUUUGAUGGAACAGCAUGGAAAUUUCACUGACAUUUCUUCAAGCAUUCUCCAACCGAUUACGGAAACUAUGGUCUGCGAUGAUUCUGCUCUAGAGAAAAGCUUGAUGCAGGCUCCAGAUUUGACUUCACUGCACAAAACUACCACCACUGUCUCUUUUGAAAUCCUCAUUAGCUAUGUUCACACUGAGGCAAGCAAUUAUGCUCUCUUACUCAAGACAGCCCUCGAAGAUCAUGGCUAUACUGUAUUCUUGGAUGUGCACUGCAUUCAGGGAGGAAGUGACUGGCAAGAUGCCCUCAAUGAUGGCAUCAGCAACUGCUCUCUUCUCAUACCUCUCAUCACUCAACAGUAUGGGCAGACACUGUGGACGAACCGAGAAGUCAAACUUGCAGAUGUUCUAGGCAAAGUCAUCAUCCCUGUGAAUUUCCUCAGCUCUUGGCCACCAAAGUGUCUAGCAAUCCAGUUUGCUACUACUCAGUUUGUCCCUGGACUCAAAAAUUCAGAUGAAACUGACAUGCCGGCUGAAAUUGACUAUAAUAUGGUCAAAGAAGUAGCUGCUGAUAUAUCUGGUCGGUAUUCAGCCGGGAAAAUAUCGGGACAAUCGUUUGAAAUGGAACAAGACGAAAUGGCGAUGGAGUUGCCCCCCACCCUGUCACGCCAAGACACGAUGCUUGUUAGUGACGAUACUGUAUCUGUCUCGGAUAGAAGCAGAAGCAGCUCCACAAGUAUGUAUCUACCCGGCUCACCUUUGCCACUGAAGAGAAAAUCGACAAUUCGCAGCUAUGCUUCUAAUCUCCCAAUUGCAAUCGACGCUUCGUUCCGUGAAUCAAUCACCAAAUCAAGAGAUGGUAAACCGCUAAUUGUCGUUAGUUGUGCGCCCGAGCAGAAAGAAUUCGCUCACAGUCUAGUUGAUGAUCUUAAACUGAACGAGUACGAAAUGUGGUGCUCAUGUGAUAUCGACUCCGAAGAAGACGAAGAAAACGCUCGAGUGAUUUUUCAGCAGAAAGCGGAUGAAGCUGGCGCUGUAAUUUUCAUUCUUUCGGAGGAAUUUGCUACAAGUUCGUUUUGCGAGCAGCAGGUGUACUACUGCGAACAGAGGAAGCGAAUCAUUCCCGUGGUUUUUAAGCCAAUGCAACUUCCCAGCUGGAUGGGUAUGCUCAUAGGCACAAGCAUGUUCAUUAGCUGUCAAUCAAAUAGCUACAAAACAACUCUACUGGAGAGAAUCAAUACUCUCUUCAACCCACAGAAAGCUGAGGUCGAGCUCAAGAAAGUUCUCAAGCAAAAGAUCGAUAUUGCUAACAUGUGCUCACAACUGUCGGAGCAGCUGCCCAAAGGCAAGCUUGUGUAUGUGUCGGGAGGUACUCAGUUCUACUCUAAAAAUGGAAAAGAAAUUUGUGAGGCACUCGGAAAAAAACUUGCCGAAGACGAGGAGAUCGUGCUGAUUACCGGUGGUUUCUAUGGUGUCGGCGAAUCUGUUUCGAAAAGUUUCUAUGACGAGCGAAUACGUUUGAACAAGCCUCAUGGAGUGUGCCACAUUGUUGCCAUGAGAGAUAAAGAGGACAAAUCUAGUCAGACACGACAAAACUCUGACCUCACUUUUGCUCGAGUUCCGUACGGAGACACGUUAUUUUUCGGAGAUAGCGUACGUCAAAGAGAAAUGCUCACACCGCGUGUGAUUGAUGUCUGCAUUCUUGUCGAAGGCGGACCCGGUGCUGCGUUUGAAGCACAGCAGUUUGUCUGGAAUGGGAACCGAGUACUUCCCAUUAAAGUGACAGGGGGUGCUGCAGGAGGUCUGUUCAAUGUGCCGGCAUCGAUAUUCGAAAAUCCCCCUAAUGUUAGAGAGAGCGACUGGUCUAUACUAGCUAAUACCGAUGCUACCUCAACAGAAAUCGCUUCUGCAUUGCUCAAGAUCAUUCAAGCUAUUAAAGGCCUUCCCACUUCGGCCAGAUCUCGAUGUAGCUCGACAAGUGAUACGAAGAUAAGGAAGAGAGUUUCGAUUAAAAGGAGUGACACUUUGCCAGUGAAGAGCAACGAGAUGAGUGCUGCAGAAGCCACACCCACAGACCACCUCAAACGAACCAUGAGUGAGAAACACCACUUUACUAAGAAGUAGAAUACUUGGAACAUUUUAACUGACUAAUUAUUACUAUGUUUUUGAUUGUAUAUUAUUAUUAUUCGUGUGCGUUAAUGAUAAUUAA